AAGUCCAUCUUUCUACGAAGCUCCUUCUAGCUAAUAGCCCUUCCCUGAAAUUAUUAUCAUUUGAACUUAAAACACUCUUACACAGUCGGUUACUAAUCGUGUAACCGUUUUAACUUCCGAUUAUCGAUUACACGCGUUAACAGGAUAAGCCGUUUAACAACCCUAACUUUUAAACAUAACUCAAUCAGUCAGUCAACCCACGUUGGUACACACGCCAAGACCACCAGUCCACCACACAUAAUAUAUUUAUUGGCCUCGUGGAUCAUCAUCGUCAUUACUCUUCCAUACUUUGCAGCUUAAUUUGCUUCCUUUUCUCCUCGUAUAAAGCCUGAAAUAUCAAUCCAAACAAAUCAACCGCUAAAGCACCAUGAAUCACAAUUAUCACAGCCUAAAAGAUAACCCUACUCAUCAAAUCUCCAUACUACUCUCCCUUUUCCUCUUCAGCCUUCUCGCCGUCUCAUUCUUGAUCUUCUCCGACACACCACCACUAAGCAACGAACUAACCGCCGCUUCCAACAACAACGACCCGCUGGGGGCGGCGCUGGCGGCGGCUGCGACGGCGGACAAGACGCUGAUCAUCGCGGUGGUGAACAAGGCCUACGUGGAGGAAGGGGAUUGGCCGACGAUGCUCGAGCUGUUUUUGGACGCGUUCUGGCUCGGCGAAGGUACUAGGGAACUGCUCGACCACCUGCUCCUCGUCGCCGUCGACGAGAUUUCUUACGAUAGAUGCAAGUUUUUGCACCUUCAUUGCUACCGCCUUCGCCUUCCUCCCGCCGGGGAUAAUUCUUCCGCCGCCGGUGACGGAGAGGAGAAGGUGUUCAUGUCACGCGAGUUUAUCGGGAUGAUGUGGCGGCGGACCGAGUUCCUCGGGGACGUGCUUGCCCGUGGCUAUAACUUCAUCUUUACGGACACAGACGUACUGUGGCUGAGGAACCCAUUCCCAAGGCUGACGACGACCAGGACGCCGGACCUCCAAAUCAGCACGGACCGGUUCGACGGGAACCAAUGGUCCCGGUCGAACCCGAUCAACACCGGGUUCUACAUGGUCCGGUCCAACGACCGGACCAUCUCCCUGUUCCGGUCUUGGUACUCCUUGAAAGAUAACUCCACGGGACUGAAGGAGCAGGAUGUGCUACAAGCCAUGAUCCGGGAAGGCCGGUCCAUACGUGAGCGGCUCGGGGUUCGGGUCAGGUUUCUCGACACGCUCUACUUCAGCGGCUUCUGCCAGGGAAGCCGCGACAUUCGAGCAAUCUCGACCGUCCACGCCAACUGCUGUCGCACCAUCAUCGCCAAGGUUGCUGACCUCAGAGUCGUGGUGGGGUUGUGGAAGAGGUUCAGGAGCAAUGCCACGUCGGUUGACGAUAGUGCUGUGCUGGCGAACAUGGCGCACGUGGCGUGUGCUAAUUCGUGGAAGUGAUCUUGUGAUUUUGAUUGGAUUGCAUGCAAGCAUUUGUAAACAUGUAUACUGAACACCCUCACACUUAAAAUCACACAUUGUCUCCAAUGUGCACAAGACAAUGUGUAAGUGAAUAGAACCAAGUUUAUCAUUAUGUUCAAUCGGUGAAGAAACUGAAGGAAGUCGGAUGAA